UAGCAGAACAGGAGACACACCAGCUCUCGUCAUAAACAUUGGAGCUGUCCGACUGCAGUCUUUCUUGAUUUCGACGUAUUUCGACUCACGUCAACAUGGCUUCAUACGAUCCUGCCGAUCCUGAGAUGCAGUAUCUUGCUGUAGACCGCAAGAAGCUGAUGAAGGAGCAGAACCAGUCAUUUGAUGCCAAGAAGUCUUGCUGGGCGCCCGAUGCAGAGCAGGGAUUUGUUGCUGCUGAAAUACAGAGCACAACAGGAGACGACACCACAGUCCUCCUUGUUGACUCCAAACAGACGAAGACGUUUAAGAAGGACGACAUCCAGUCGAUGAACCCUCCCAAGUAUGAAAAGAUCGAGGACAUCGCCAACAUGACCUUCCUCAAUGAGUCCUGCGUUCUGUACAACUUGAGAGCCCGAUACACUUCUGGGUUGAUCUAUACCUACUCUGGUCUGUUCUGUAUCGCCAUCAACCCCUACCGCCGCCUCCCAAUCUACACCCCGUCCAUCGUGGCCAAGUACAGAGGCAAGAGGAAGACCGAGAUGCCCCCUCACUUGUUCUCCAUCUCUGACAACGCCUACCAGUUUAUGGUGCAAGAUCGGGAGAAUCAGUCGAUGCUGAUUACUGGCGAAUCUGGCGCCGGAAAGACUGAGAACACCAAGAAGGUCAUCGCCUACUUCGCCUUUGUCGCCGCCGCCUCCAAAGGAGAAGGGGAACAAGAGGAAACGAAGGGUUCUCUCGAGGAUCAGAUCGUGCAGGCUAACCCUGUCCUUGAGGCCUACGGUAACGCCAAGACAUCCCGUAACAACAACUCCUCCAGAUUCGGUAAAUUUGUUCGGAUUCACUUCGCGUCUUCUGGAAAAAUUGCUGGUGCCGACAUUGAAACAUAUUUAUUGGAGAAAUCCCGUGUCACCUACCAACAAUCUGUUGAGAGGAACUACCACAUUUUCUACCAGAUGUUGUCUGGAGCGAUACCAUCAGUUGCAGAGAGGAUAUUGGCCAAUCCCGAUGCUGGUUUGUUUACCUUCAUCAAUCAAGGAGUUCUCACAGUCAACGGCAUCGACGAUGUUGAGGAGAUGAAGAUGACAGACGCUGCCUUUGAUGUUUUGGGCUUCACUGAAGAUGAGAAAAACAGCGCCUACAAAUGCACUGGUUCCAUCCUACAUAUGGGUGAGAUGCAGUUCAAACAGAAGGGUGAACAGGCUGAGCCUGAUGGAACUGCUGAGGCUGAGAAGGUUUCCUUCCUGUUGGGUGUCAACUGUGGUGACUUCCUGAAGGCUUUGUGUAAGCCCAAGAUCAAGGUGGCCAUGGAUUACGUCAUCCAAGGAAGAACCAAGAAUCAGGUUCUCUAUUCUGUCGGUGCCCUGUCCAAGUCACUGUAUGAUCGUGUGUUCAACUGGUUGGUCAAGAGAGUCAACCACUCCCUGGACACCAAGAAACCCAGGCAGUUCUUCAUUGGUGUGCUGGAUAUUGCUGGCUUCGAAAUAUUCGAUUUCAACAGCUUCGAGCAGUUGUGUAUCAACUACACCAACGAGCGCCUACAGCAGUUCUUCAACCACCACAUGUUUGUGCUGGAGCAGGAAGAAUAUAAGAAAGAAGGCAUUGAGUGGGAGUUCAUUGACUUUGGGAUGGAUUUGCAAGCAUGCAUUGAACUCAUCGAGAAGCCUCUUGGUAUCCUGUCAAUCUUAGAAGAAGAGUGCAUGUUCCCCAAAGCAUCUGACAAGACCUUCAAGGACAAACUGACUCAGAACCACAUGGGCAAAUCUCCCAACUUCCUCAAGCCAAGUAAAUCCAUGAAGGGUGGCCAACAUGGUGACUUCGCCCUGAAACACUACGCCGGAACAGUUCCCUACAACAUCGGAGGCUGGCUGGAGAAGAACAAGGACCCUGUCAAUGAGACCAUUGUGGAACUCCUAAAACAGUCUAAGGAGCCACUUGUCCAGUUGCUCUUCUCUCCACCCGCAGGAGCUGCUGAGGCCAGCGGUGGUAAGAAGAAGAAGAAGAGCUCUGCCUUCCAGACAAUCUCUGCUACCCACAGGGAAUCUCUGAACAAGCUGAUGAAAAACCUAUACUCCACACAUCCCCAUUUUGUGCGGUGUAUCAUUCCAAACGAGACCAAGACACCAGGUCUGAUUGAUGCUGGACUUGUGCUCCAUCAGCUGCAGUGUAACGGUGUACUUGAGGGUAUUCGUAUCUGCAGAAAGGGAUUCCCGAGCAGGAUCAUCUACUCUGAAUUCAAACAAAGGUAUUCCAUCCUGGCUCCCAAUGCUAUCCCUGAAGGCUUUGUUGAGGGCAAGGUCGUAUCUGGAAAGAUUCUGGAAGCUCUGGAGUUGGGCCAAGAUGAAUAUCGUCUAGGCAACACAAAGGUGUUCUUCAAGGCGGGUGUUCUUGGCUACCUGGAAGAAAUCCGCGAUGAACGUCUAUCGGUUAUUGUAGCUUUGUUCCAAGCUCACAUUCGUGGUUACCUGAUGAGGAAAUAUCUCAAGAAUCUUCAUGACAAGAGAGUUUCGUUGGAACUAAUCCAAAAGAACAUCCGUAAGUGGCUUGCCAUGAGGAACUGGUGCUGGUGGAGAUUCUACACCAUGGUCAAGCCACUCCUGAGUGUUGCUGCUGCUGAGGACGAGAUGAAACAGAAGGAAGAAGCACUUGGUAAAACAAAGGGUGAACUUGAGAAGAUCAUGCAGAGGUGCAAGGAUCUUGAAGAACAGAGCGUUACCUUAACAGAGGCCAAGAACAACUUGUUCCUCCAGGUUCAAACCCAACAGGAUACCAUCGAUGACUGUGAAGAGAGGAUUGAGCAGCUCCUGAAGCAAAAAGAAGAGACUGAUGUCCAAAUGAAGGAACUCAAUGAUCGUUUAACAGAGGAAGAAUCUAACAACGCCAUGCUAACUGAAAAGCAAAAACAGAUGGAUACUGAAAUCUGUGGUCUCAAGACAAACGUCGAAUCUCUUGAAGGAACUGUAUCAAAGUGUCAACAUGACAUCAAAACGAAGGAUGGUCAAAUCAGAACUCUCAACGACGAAAUGGCCAAAUUGGAUGAAACGGUUGCCAAAUUAACAAAGGGCAAGAAGGAUGUUGAGGAUCAGCUUGCCAAGACUAAGUCUAGUCUAGAAACUGAGGAGGACAAAAAUGCCAAUCUCAAUAAACUCAGACAAAAGCUUGAAGGUGCCAUUGUUGAGCUGGAAGAUAUGCUUGACCACGAAAAGAAGGUUCAUGCUGAAGUUGAGAAGGUCAAGAGGAAGUUGGAACAGGAUCUGAAGGCCUCUAGGGACAACUGUGAAGAUCUUUGUCACAUAAAGACCGAUCUUGAAGAGACUCUGAAGAAGAAAGAAAAAGACAUCGCUGGUCUUACCUCUGAACUUGAGGACUCUGAGGCACAUGGUAUUCAACAACAGAAGAAGAACAAGGAUCUGCAGAACAAUCUUGACGAAUGUGAAGAACGGCUCGAAUCAGAGAAACAGACAAGGUCUAAGGUGGAGAAACAGAGAACCCAGUUUGCCACUGAAAUUGACAGUAUGUCUCAGCACAUUGAAGAAUGUAACGGCACCAUUUCGUCACAGACGGACGUCAUCAAAAAGCGGGACACGGAGAUUCAAAAGCUGAAGCACGACAUGGAGGAAGCAUCUUCCCAGCAUGAGUCUCAGGUUGCAAACCUCCGCAAGAAGCAGAAGGACGCCAUGACUGAGAUGAAUGACCAGAUGGAACAACUUCAGAAGAUUAAACAAAGGUUGGAAAAGGAGAAGAACCAACUGACUGCUGAUGUUGAUGAACUUCAAAAUGAAGUCGAACACGCUAAGAAAAACAAGGGCUGUUCCGGUGUGAUGUCCAAGCAAAUGCAAACCCAAAUGACAGACCUCAAUACCCAGGUUGAGGAAAGUGUCCAGCAGAUCAGUGAGAUGCAGAUAGAGAAGAACAGACUGAUGACAGAGUCAGCUGACCUCACCCGUCAGCUGGAAGAAGCUGAACACAGAAUUGGGAAACUUAGCAAGGACAAAUCAUCUCUCAGUGUCCAGAUGGAAGAUAUUAGACGUACCUCUGAUGACGAACAGAGAGCCCGACAGCGACUCCAGACAGAGAUGAGGAACAUGAACACUGAUAUGGUCAGUCUCAGGGAACAGCUUACGGAGGAGCAGGAGUCCCGGGCAGCACUACAGCGCCAGUUGUCCAAGUCAAACCAGGAGAUGCUUAUGUGGAGGUCUAAAUAUGAGACUGAGGGCACUGUCAGGGUCGACGAGCUUGAGGAGUCUAGACGCCGAAUCCAAACCAAACUCACUGAAGCCGAGCACAGCCUGUCGACUGCCUAUGCUAAAGCCAGUUCUCUUGAGAUCAGUAAGGCCAAAAUGGUAAGAGAUCUUGAGGAAGAGCUUGAGAAGGAGCGGAUGCGUCAUGGCGAGUCUGUCAAGAAUUGUCGCCACUACGAGCGUUAUACGAAAGACAUUGCUUACAAAGUGGAUGAAGACAAGAAUACCAUUAACAAACUGCAGGACAUCAUUGACAAGCAGAGCGGCCAGAUGAAGAUGUACAAGUCACAGGUGGCAGAUGCGGAGGAGAUGGCGACCAUGAACAUGAACAAAUACCGCAAGGUGAAACAGGAAUUGGAGGAUGCUGAGACCAGAGCCAGCAGGGCGGAAGAAACCAUGGCAAGUUACAGUAGGAAGACUCGCUCCUACACCGUCUACUCUGACAACUCGUACUAGGCCAUGGUUCCAGCUCAGACGAUCAAAGAUGAUUAGCGAUGAUCCUUUGAAAAUCUCAAUGUAAUGCCCAUCACUUUCUAAGGAAGAUGCAUGAUUCAUCUUGUUUUGAAUAAGCAAUGGUUUUCGUGUAUUGAGUCGUUUUCUCUGAAGACAAUGAUCUUUCCUUAUCCAAUAACCAUAAAAUAUUCAAAGAAAUUUGUGUCUUGAGUCAAUCUGCCCUGCAACUGAACGGGCUGUAAUAUAUGAAAUAAAUAUAUUUAUUGCUUCAU